AUGCCGCUAACCAGGUCCACCGUUCUUCUUUGCUCCUGCAAUUCCCUUCCCGGCCUUCCGUACGUCUCGUUGAUAUCAUCGACGUCAUCUCUCAGCUCCCGGCCCCUCCAUGCCUCCUCGCCAUCACCAUACCAAUCGACAUCAAUAUCGACAGCGCGAUCUCGCUUUUUGACCUACGACCGUCGCCGCAGCUAUGCCACCGUAAACAAUAACCGCCGCGGUGGUCCGGCGCACGACGACGUGCCGGACUGGCCCAAGACUUCCAACCCGACCCCCUACGAUAUCUUCGCCAUGCGACAAUCCGAUCCAUACACCAAACACCGAUUCUUCCAGCUCGUCAAGCUCUACCACCCCGAUAGGCAUGGCCACGCGUCUGCCGUCCAUCAUAUCCCCACCGCGACCCGCCUCGAGCGCUAUCGCCUCAUCGUCGCCGCAAACGACCUCCUCAGCGACCCCUCCAAGCGCAGUCUAUACGAUACCCAGGGCGUCGGGUGGACAGGUAGCCGAUCCGCGACCCUUAACGAGAACGUCCGCUACGCCGAGAAGUCAUGGCGCCAUCAGCCUGGAAACGCAGCCAGAAAUGCCACCUGGGAAGACUGGGAGCGCUGGCACGAUGCCCGUGAUGGCAAGCCGAAGGACCCCAUGUACAUGUCCAACGGCGUCUUUGCCACCCUCGUUGUCAUGCUGUGCAUGGUUGGUGCCUUUGCGCAGAUGAGCCGCGCAGAACAGUCCGGCGUCGACUACAUGGAGAUGAGGAACCAGUCGAAUCUUGCCAUCGGGCAGCAGAUGGCGCGGACGACGUAUGUUGCCGCUGGACGGAGCAAGGAUGAGCGCGUCGACAGCUUCCUGAGGGAACGAGAGAAUAUUACUUAUGAGUUUACCCCGUCAAAGUAUGACAACUUCCAAACGGAACCAGGGCUAAGGCCUGGGGGUGAGCCUGGCCAACGCCCUGGGCCAUGA